CAGGAGCCGGCCUCUGGUCCCCGCCGCGCCCCGGAGCCUGCGGUCGGGCAUGUAGCUCGCCCGCCGACCACGACCGCUUAUCCUGCGCUGCUGCCGCCCGGAUGGGACGCCCGCCGGAGAGCUAUGCUUCUGUACUGAAAUGACUCCUUUGCUUGUCAGCUAAAAUUUCCAAGAAAUAUUGAAUUGCUGAAGAGUUUGGGAAAGGACAAGCCAAAGUUCCCAUUCCAUGGAUCCCUUGGGUGCACCUUCCCAGUUUGUGGAUGUGUAUAUGUUGCCAAGCUGGGGUGACUCAUGUGAAGAUGAAUUAAGUUCUGAUGCUACACCGGAAGCAUUUCAGGAGGACAGUCUUAGAUCACCAUUUCUUUACAAUAAGGACAUCAAUGGAAAAUUGGUUCUCUGGAAAGGAGAUGUGGCGUUACUGAACUGUACAGCCAUUGUGAACACCAGCAAUGAAAGUCUCACUGACAAGAAUCCUGUGUCAGAAAGUAUCUUCAUGCUGGCAGGGCCAGAUUUGAAAGAAGACCUCCAGAAACUUAAAGGGUGCCGAACUGGUGAAGCAAAAUUGACAAAGGGAUUUAACCUAGCUGCUAGGUUCAUCAUUCACACAGUGGGACCUAAGUACAAGAGCCGCUAUCGCACUGCAGCUGAAAGUUCCCUGUAUAGCUGCUACAGAAAUGUGCUCCAGCUGGCAAAAGAGCAGUCAAUGUCUUCUGUUGGAUUCUGUGUCAUCAAUUCUGCAAAACGAGGUUAUCCUUUAGAGGAUGCAACACACAUUGCACUUCGUACUGUAAGGAGAUUUCUAGAGAUUCAUGGGGAAACCAUUGAAAAAGUAGUCUUUGCUGUUUCAGAACUUGAAGAGGCCACUUACCAGAAGCUGCUACCUCUGUACUUCCCAAGGUCCUUAAAGGAGGAGAGCCAAUCAUUACCAAGCCUUCCUGCAGACAUUGGGAAUGCAGAAGGGGAGCCUGUGGUACCUGAACGGCAGAUUCGAAUAAGUGAGAAGCCGGGUGCUUCUGAGGACAACCAUGAAGAGGAAGAUGAAGGCUUAGGAGUUGAUGUGUCUUUCAUUGGCUCUCAUGCUUUUGCUCGAAUGGAAGGAGAUAUUGAUAAGCAAAGAAAACUGGUCCUUCAGGGACAGUUGUCAGAAGCAGCCCUGCAGAAGCAGCAUCAGAGAAAUUAUAAUCGCUGGUUGUGCCAAGCAAGAUCUGAGGACCUGUCUGAUAUUGCUUCUCUGAAAGCCUUAUACCAAACAGGUGUGGACAACUGUGGUCGCACAGUGAUGGUGGUAGUUGGAAGAAACAUUCCUGUAACAUUAAUAGAUAUGGACAAGGCUCUCUUAUAUUUUAUCCAUGUGAUGGAUCACAUUGCUGUGAAGGAAUAUGUAUUAGUGUAUUUUCACACGCUGACCAGCGAAUACAAUCACCUAGAUUCUGACUUCCUGAAGAAACUCUACGAUGUUGUAGAUGUCAAGUACAAGAGGAAUUUGAAGGCUGUUUAUUUUGUUCACCCAACAUUUCGUUCAAAGGUCUCGACGUGGUUUUUCACCACCUUUUCUGUCUCAGGACUGAAGGAUAAAGUCCACCAUGUGGACAGCUUGCACCAGCUGUUUUCUGCUAUAUCACCCGAGCAGAUCGACUUUCCUCCUUUUGUCCUGGAAUAUGAUGCCAGGGAAAAUGGGCCUUACUAUACGUCUUAUCCCCCAUCACCAGAUUUGUGACCUUCCAUCUUGCAGUGCUUCUUGAUUCCAAGGAUGCUAUUUCCACUACAACUGCUACCUACUGAAGCGAUGUUCAUUGUUGCUGUACAGAUCCAGAGAGCUUUUUGUCCCCACCUCUCUGGUAUUUUUUUAUUGACUAUAUAUUUUCUUGCACAUAAGCAAUCUAAAAUUGGUAGGCCACACUGAACUGCACACAUUUUAAAUUUGUAUAUUUGUAUCAAAUUGAAGUGCUCAUUUUUAGAGUGUUACUAGAAAUUGGGGAUCAACUUUUAAGUAUCUUCAGUUUCUCAAAGUACUAUGAAUUCUCCGUUACACAGGCCACCAACAUUGUUCAUAUCUUCUUUUAAUCAUUGCACGCUUCCUUUGUAUAUUUAAGUGUUGCCCAAAAUAUAUAGAACCAGUGUAUGCUGACUGGA